AUGGAAACAAUUCAUGAACAUUCUAACAAUAAUAUGAAUUUAGAAGAUGAGAUGACUGGCGAUGCGAAAUGGCAGAAGGAUGCGGCGGACCAGAACUUCGACUACAUGUUCAAAUUGCUCAUCAUAGGAAACAGUUCCGUAGGCAAAACCAGUUUUCUGUUCCGUUACGCAGACGACUCCUUCACUUCAGCCUUCGUAUCCACCGUAGGCAUAGACUUCAAGGUGAAAACAGUUUUUCGCCACGAUAAGCGAGUCAAACUACAGAUAUGGGAUACGGCAGGACAAGAACGUUACCGUACCAUCACUACGGCUUACUACAGAGGAGCUAUGGGUUUCAUCUUAAUGUAUGAUAUAACCAACGAAGAAAGCUUUAACAGCGUGCAGGAUUGGGUGACCCAAAUCAAGACCUACUCAUGGGAUAAUGCGCAAGUGAUCCUAGUUGGUAACAAGUGUGACAUGGAGGAAGAACGUGUUGUGAGCACUGAACGUGGCAUGCAGUUAGCUGAACAACUCGGUGUUGAAUUUUAUGAGACCAGCGCAAAAGAGAACAUUUAUGUUAAGGCUGUUUUUGAACGACUGGUGGAUAUAAUAUGCGACAAGAUGUCAGAGAGCCUGGAUUCAGAGCCAGCAAUGUUGGCGGGAGGAGCACGCGGCCAGCGUCUUACGGAACAACCACAAGGCAGCUCCAACACUAACUGCAACUGUUAA